GUCUCUCUCUCUUUGUAAAUCUGCCUAUUCCCAGUAAGACCCAGGACUCAGAGAGGCUCUUGUUCCAGUGGCUUCCCCCAUUAGGCUCUCCAGAUUGGGCCAGGACUCAAUCAAAUAGAGGGCCUCCAACCUCCAGGGACCACAAACCAAAGAUCAACUCUUCAUUUUAAAAAGAGAAAGGUGGAUUUCUACAUCUACAUUUUUUUUAUACUAUUCUUUCCAAAGACGAUAAGACAAAGGUCUUUAAAAAAAAAGCUGUCUCUUCCCCACCUUCGAUCUGGACUUUUACAUUUUUAAUUUGGAAUUUGUUAUUUCUUAUUACUAUUUCCUCCCUGGAAGUGCUGUUCUGGUCCCCCUCUGGUUCUUCUCAGACUCUCUGUGUUCUAAUGGGACGAGUACUCGCCAUGGCUCUCAAUUAGCCACACUUACCAGACAGUGAUGGCUGGUUAUUGUGCAAUAGUUUUGGGCUAGUGCCCCUCAGUGGGUAGAACCCAAAUCGAGAGCUGGGUGUUUUGGGUGUGUUUUUUAUCAGCCUUUAUACUGUCGCUAACCAAAUAUUCACACAAUACAGGACAACACCUUUCAGUGCCACCUGCUUUUCAUUGUCCCAGAUAAUUAAUAGUAAAACAAAAAUAAAAUGGAUGACCACAGAAACUCUAGCUUUUUUCGCCAGUCCCACCACCCACGAUGGCCACAGUCUAGUGCUGGAAAGAGACAACGAAAACAAAAAGCGAAAAAACCUGAUGGCUCAUUGUGUCCUGUGUCCUCGACCCCAGUGCUACGCAGCUGCAGCUGGUGGGGCAACUGUUUUCUCCUUCCUCUAGUCAUGCUAUCAUACUUGCCCUGUGAGGCCUGGGGCACCACCUUCAAAAUCGCCAUUGUAGGACCGUGGGCAUGUGACCCCAUGUACUCCAAAGCCCUGCCAGAUUUGGCUGCACAGUUAGCCAUGAGCCGAAUAAACAAAGACCCCGACCUCAACAAGGGCUACUGGUAUGAUUACACACUAAUUAAUGAGGAUUGCUCCAGCUCGAAAGCCCUGGCACGCUUUGCUGAGCUGGAGGGCUAUGGUUCGGCCUUGCUUGGACCGGCAAACCCUGGCUACUGCACUGCUGCUGCGCUGCUGGCAAAGAAUUGGAACAAGGGCAUCCUGUCCUGGGCUUGUCUGAAGGCUGACAUGGAUGAGGGAAUGUAUUCCACCUUCCUGCGGCCGCUCCCGUUGUCUUCUCGUGUGCUCUUCUCCGUUCUGCGCUUUUUCCGCUGGGCACAUGUUGGGAUUAUAACAGCGGAGAACGACAUGUGGGAAGCGACUGGGCAUGAACUGGCAGCUUCUCUGCGUGCCCUUGGUCUGCCAGUAGGUGUGGUUGUUACCAUGGAAAUGAACAAGGAAGGGCCACGGCGAGCCCUAAAGACAAUACGGGAGACCGAUCGAGUGAGGGUUGUCAUCAUGUGCAUGCACUCUGUUCUGAUUGGUGGAGAGGAACAGUAUCAGUUGCUAACCACAGCAUUGGACAUGAGAAUGAUUGACCGAGGGUACAUCUUCAUUCCAUAUGACACCCUCCUGUAUUCACUGCCAUAUAAAAAUGUGAACUAUCCAAUCCUGACCAAUGACACCAAACUGCGACGAGCAUAUGAUGGGGUCCUGACAAUAACCAUGGACCAAGGGGAACAAAACUUCUAUGAGGCCUUUAGUGCAGCGCAGGAAUCCUAUGACAUACGUACCAGCACACCACCUGAAGAGGUUUCUCCAUUCUUUGGGACCAUCUAUAACAUGCUCUAUUAUACAGCCAAGGCUGCAGAGCAGAGCCGAGUUGCGAGUGGAGGGCGCUGGGUAUCAGGAGAUACACUGGUUAAAAAUGACGGCGGGUUUGAAUUCAAUGGCUUUAACCAGCGGAUAUCGGCAGGUACCGAUGGAGAAGGAAUGCAGGCCCGCUACGCUGUCCUGGAUUCAGAUGGCUCUGGGUCCAGCCUACACCGCACGCACGCCCUGGAAGCAUCGCACACAUAUGGGAAAUAUGGAGGGUUGAAGUACCUGGGGAAAUCGAUUCAUUUUGCUGGAGCGUCUCCGAGCACUGACUCAAACUGUUGGUUCAGUCCUUAUGUCCCUUGUAGUGGAGGCUUGGAUGGAGUGACCAUUUUCCUCCUUCUUCUCUUGUUCUGUGUGUUUAUAAGUGGAGCAGGUGUAUUAUUUCUCCAUUUAAGGAAACACGGGAUGGGGAUAUUAGGAGCAUUUGGUGGAGGAGGAAAUGGAAGCCCCACUAAGAUAAUACUGACACUGGAUGACUUGGUCUUCAUCAACACCACACUCAGCAGGAGGAAGCUGAAUGAGGAGAGCAUGGUGAAGAGUCAACUAGAUGUUAAAACCCCUUGCCACUCAGUUUCAGGACGGAGUUACAUUGCGUCAACUCCUGAAACGUCCAACGUUGCUGUAUUUGAGGGUGACUGGGUCUGGCUGAAGAAAUGCCCCUGUGGAGAUUCUGUUUCAGAAAUCAGUGACAGCACUCAGGCUGUCUUUAUCCAGCUGAGAGACAUGCAUCAUGAGAAUCUGAACCUGUUUCUGGGUCUGUUCUUGGAUACUGGCAUAUUUGGCAUUGUUACGGAGCAUUGCACCAGAGGCAGCCUGGAAGACCUGCUCAACAACGAGGAAAUGAGACUGGACUGGAUGUUCAAAUCCUCUCUUCUCCUUGACCUGAUCAGGGGAAUGAAGUACUUGCAUAAUCGUGGGAUUAUUCAUGGACGCCUGAAAUCAAGGAACUGUGUGGUAGAUGGUCGGUUUGUUCUAAAGGUUACGGAUUAUGGCUUCAGUGAAAUCAUCAACUGUCAAAACAUCAUCCUGGAGGACACCACACCAGAGGAUCAAUUCUGGACAGCUCCAGAGAUCCUGCGGGAUCCUAAACUGAAGAAGAUGGGGAUGUUUGCAGCUGAUGUAUACAGCUUUUCUAUUAUCAUGCAGGAGGUGAUCUCUCGCUGUGCGCCCUUUUGCAUGUUGGAUAUGCCUCCUGAAGAAAUCAUAGAUAAGGUGCGCAGUCCUCCACCGCUGUGCCGACCCACUGUGUCUGUGGAUGAAGCGCCGCUGGAGGUUAUUCAGAUCAUGAAGCAGGCCUGGAGUGAGGAGCCUGACAAGAGACCCACGUUUGAGGAGAUCUUCAGACAGUUUAAGAAUGUGAACAAGGGCAAGAAGACAAAUAUAAUUGACUCAAUGUUAAGGAUGCUGGAGCAGUACUCCUCAAACCUGGAGGAUCUGAUCCGAGAGAGGACUGAAGAAUUAGAGGUCGAGCGUCAGAAAACAGAUGCUCUUCUAGCCCAGAUGCUGCCCAAAUCUGUGGCCUUGGCAUUAAAGACAGGGAAGCCAGUGAAGCCGGAGCACUUUUCAGAUGUCACGCUGUAUUUCAGUGAUAUUGUGGGCUUUACCACCAUCUCUGCUCUGAGUGAACCUAUCGAAGUGGUCGAUCUGCUUAAUGACCUCUACAUACUUUUUGAUGGAAUCAUUGCGAUCCACGAUGUCUACAAGGUAGAGACUAUUGGUGAUGCGUACAUGGUGGCAUCAGGGGUUCCAAACCGUAACGGUAACCGUCACGCAGCAGAAAUGGCCAACAUGUCUCUGGACAUUCUGCACUGCAUCGGAACAUUUCAAAUGAGGCACAUGCCUGACGUCAAAGUCAAAAUCCGCAUUGGACUCCAUUCUGGCCCAGUGGUAGCAGGUGUAGUUGGGUUGAAGAUGCCUCGGUACUGUCUGUUCGGGGACACAGUAAACACAGCCUCCCGAAUGGAAUCCACAGGGUUGCCUUACAGAAUUCAUGUCAACCAGAGUACUGUUGAUGUCCUGAACAGCCUCAAACUUGGCUACAAAAUAGAUGGUAGGGGCAGGACAGAGCUCAAGGGUAAAGGUGUAGAGGAAACAUACUGGUUGGUUGGGAGAGAUGGAUUCAACAAGCCGCUACCUGUACCGCCAGACCUUACUCCUGGGGCGAGCAACCACGGUAUCAACUUGGAUGAGAUUCCGAUGGACAGGCGGCAGAAAUUCCUGGAUCGACAGAAGAAGAUGGGGAAUUGAGAAGAAAGAAAAUAAAACAGGCUUGGAAAGACAUAAAUGGUUGUGAUGCUCAUGUUUCCGCACCAGCCUAUCAAAUUUAGGAAAAAGUGGGGCAAGGGGAUGAAAGGGGUGGACUGAGGUGUUCACCCCCUCGACUACCCUUUUCUACUUGACUCAUUCCUAAAAAGAGUGGAAACGCUCACAGGGACAUCUGACAAGAAGCAAAAACACUUGAACUGCCAUUGAAUGCCAGUCCAUCAAAACCAUCAGCUCAACAAGAUGGCACGUACCAGCUGCUUUGGAUGGUCAUAGAGGACUUUUUAAAAACUGUAUAGAGUUUAUAUUGCAGUUCAUCCAAUACCAAAUUAAAGAUACUGCUGAGAUAACAGUUCAUCAAGAUGAGAAAAUGAGAACAGCAGCACACACCUCAUUCAUCUCUGCAGUUAUGCGAUCGCUCCAGUUAAUCCACUGCUGCAAAGAGAUUUUUUUUCUUUAUUUCAUCGUUUUUAAAACAAAAACAACAAAGUGAUGGCGCUUGUUUAUAAUGGCACCUGACAAUUUAGUUAUAAUUCAGUGGAAAUAACACCAAUAAUAUCCAUGUAUUGAAAUUAUUUAAAAUACCGUGGUGAUUUUAUUUGCUAGGAAUAUCAGGCUUUAAAAACUAGGUGUUAGUUCAAAAAAUAACUUCUUCACAUUUUCUUUUUGAAAAUGCUUGCAUUCAGUUUAAUUUCAUGUGGUACUGUUUGGCCUUUCUAGAGAGUGAAAAGCAUUCAGAGCAGUUUUCACGGCCAAGCAAACACCUUUCAAGUUCAAGGUUAUAUGGUAGACAAUUAUUUGGUCUCAUUAGCUCCAUUGUCCUCUUUGAGUUAAGAAAAGAGAUACAUUAAAAAGGAAACUCGUGAGCUGAGACUCAAAUUGUCAUGUUUAUAAUAUCAUGGCACCUGAUCCUGAUAUUCAACACAUUCCAUGCAUAAUAUUCUGAUGUCAAACCCUGCUUCAAAUUCCUGACAUGCAGUCUAUUAUUACCAAAGAGAAAACAUGAGAUUUAUCUUCAGCACUACUUUGCCUGCUCAUACACUCAGUAAAUGUAUGUGCUCCCUAAAAGGGGCAUUAUGCUUCAUGACAGAGGGAAUUUUAAACGUGUGGUCUGGAUAUCGUCAUUAAGAUAGGAGGGUUCUGGCGCCUGUGGCUCUCCAGGAUUACGUUUCUGUCACCUGAUACCUAAACCACAAUCUAGGGAGCUACAGUCACAGCAGGAUGUAGCUGAAUUUCAAUUGCAAUCUUACCAUUUUAUCUCGUUGUCUGUGUAAUUGUGUAAAUAAAAGCUGGUUUUAGUGA